AUCAAAAAUAUAUGAAGCGUAUGGCAUUUACUUUUAAUGAAAUUUUUUCUUGCAGAAUUUCAUUUGAUACAAGGUUAGAAGCACUAUCUUUAUAUUUGUACGAUGACCAAAUCAAGGCUCAGGAAGAAGAACAUAAAAUAAAUGACUGUAUCCUGUUUGAUUUUUAUGAGCAAGAGCUCAAGUCUGUAGGUGCGUAUGUUAAUGCUUUGGAAAGAGUAAAUAGCAUUAACACGUUAGAGUCCUACUUGAAUAAUCAUAUUAUGCCUGUAGUAGCAGAUUGGCCUAGGCAAAUAUUUAUAAGAAAAGUGAUUAGUCUUCGCUUACAGGACCCGAAUAAUUCAAACAUUCCGGAUAUAGCAUUGUUCUUUAUACCAGUAAUUGGUGCAUUACAUAUGCAACUUAACUUG